AUGAGAAGAAGCAUCUGUGUGCACCACGUGACCACACUUUCUCUGAUGCUCUCUGCUUUGACACAUGUUACCUUUUCAGCACUUAUCAAAUCACGCAACCUUUUUACCUGGCCUAAGCCCCCAUGCAAAAUGUAUUACCCAAUAGAUCCUGCGUAUGAAGCAAACUGUCCAGAUGUGGUAGCACUGGUUUGUGCUACAAAUGGCUUAACCUACAAGAAUGAAUGUUUCUUUUGUAUUGAUCGGUGGGAAUUUGGUCCUCAUAUUGGGUUUGUCAAAUAUGGAAAGUGUCCCUAG